AUGUUCAAAGGUACACCUUCAACAAAGGAACAACAACAACAAUUGGAAGAAUCAGCUGCCAACAAACGUAAACGGUCAUCCUUUGAUGAUGAUUCCGAUUCUGAUUCAUCAUCUUCGGAUGAAGAAACUUUUGCAUCAUCAUCAUUAGCCUUUAAUAAUCAUAAUAAUUUAAUGAAUGAUGAACAAGUUAAUGAACAAUCAAAAGCCUCCUCUUCAUCAAUUAUUGAUAAUGAUCAGAAAGAAGAUGAAGAGAAUACAAUGAAAUUAUCGGAAUUUAAAAAGACACUUCUCUCUAAAUUAUCUAAACAAUAUACAACAAUUAUUACACAGAAUGAAUUGGAUAUUCUUGAACAACAACUUCUUUCUAAUCCAUUUGCAUUUUCAUCAUCAGAAUGGGAUGAAUUAAUUGGUCAAUAUCAAUAUAGAUCCUACAUUGGACAAUUUAAUCAUCAAAUUGAUAAAAGAAAUACUGAUUUACCAUCACAAUAUUCAGUUUUAUUAAAUAAUCAAUAUAUUAAUGUGAAUGCAUUGGAAAAAACAAGACAUUUGAGAUGGAAACGAUCAGAAUUUUUGAAAUUAGGAGAAGAAUCAUGGUUAGAUUGGAUUAGAGAGGAGGAAUUACAUUUUAUGGAAGGAAAAUACUCAGAUCAUCAACAACGAGAUGUUAUUAAAUGUAUAUAUGAAAGAGCACUUUUAUGGGAAAAUUAUUCUUACAAGACAUUAAGAGCUAAUUAUUGUAAAUUCAUGUUAAAAUAUUAUGAAAGUAAUAGUAGUAUUAUUGAUGAUAGUUUCAAUCUGGUAUUUAAUUUAGUGGGAUAUGAUGAGGAAAUUUGUAAUUUAUAUUUGAAAUAUUUAAAGCAAUAUGAAAAAAAUCAUUCCAAAAUUAGAAAUAUCUAUGCAAACUUGUUAAAACAUCCAAAUCAUCAAUCUGUUUUCACAAUUUGGAAGGAAUAUAAUCAAUGGGAAAAGAAUCCAUCAGAUGAUGAAAUGAAAGCCAGAUAUAUUCACGCACUCAAACAAGUUGAAGAGAGAAUUUCACUUCAAAAACAAACACAAGAUGAAUCUUCAUAUUUGGAACAAAUUAAUUUUGAAAUGAAAAAGUACAAUAAUUGUAAAGAAUUACUAAAAUCAAAGGAAUUUAAUGAAAUGUCUUUGGAGGAUUUGAAUGAAAUUGGUUCUAUUUUAAAGGAGAGAAUUACAUUACUUUUAAAGAAAGUAGCAAGUGAGAGUAAUAAUUCUGAAACUCUAUGGAAUAUGCUAUUGAACUUUUUAAUAAGUGAAAAGGAUGAAUUUAUUUCAACUAAUAAUGAAACAUUGUCCUCUUCAAAUGGAAUAUUCAAUACUAUUAAGACUUUACAUGAAAUAAUCAAGACAAAUUUCAAGUACUUGGAUAAUAGUCAUCUUUCAAUUUACUUGCAAAAUAUUGAACAAGUGGAUGAUAAUUUAUUGAACGCUCUUCAUCUUCACAUGACUUGUUGGGUUGCCUUUAAGAAUCUUUCAUGGAAUUCUGAAAUGCACAAGUACUUGAUACUAAGUUUGGAGAUUUUACAUGAAUUAUCUUCCAGCAAGUUGGAAUAUUCUUCAAGUUAUUUGAAACUUAUCAAUGAUAUCAUGUUUAACAAAUCAAUGCAUGCUCUCAAUUCAUUUGCCAAUGAUUUGACAUUUAAUGAUUACUAUCAAGUAUUCUCAACCUUCUGUUCAUGUCUUACUAGACUCAAUAGAAAGCUAUACUUCAAUAUCAGUACCAGAUCGGAACCAAAUGAAAAUUUAAAUUCUGCACUGGUAGAAGUAUCACAAGCAGCUGAUCAAUCAUUCCAAACAUUCUCCGAUUACUUGGAUCAAUACUUUAAAAUGGACACAUCUCGUGUGCAUUAUUUUGAACUUCAAUAUGCUGAAUUUUUAUUGGAGAAUGGACAAUCUCAGAGAGCUUUAGAAUUCUUUGAAAAUGUUCUAAUGAAUAAUGAAAUAUUCAAGAAGGAACUUAGAGCAUGGCAAGAUUUUAUUCAAUUCAUGGAGAAAAUUAAUUGGUUUGAAAUUAAUAAUGAAAAUCCACUCGAAACUAAACAUGAGAAGAUAUCAGCUACCUACGAUCUUGGAAUUCGUUCAAUGGAUAAUCCAAGCACUAAACAAAUUCUUGCCAAAUUGUGGUUGUACUAUGAAAAGGUCAAUUCCAAUUCUGUACAUUCCAUUAUUAAGGCUGAAAAUAUUUUGAAACAAUUUAAAGAUUCACAAAAGAAAAAGAUGAAGGAAAAAUCCAACACUAAGGAAAAGUCAAAUAUUAAGGAAAAAUCCAUCAUCAAGGAAAAAUCAAAUGAUGAUAAGGGAAAGACUGAAAAGAAACCAAAGGAAGAAAAGAAAACAAAGGUAAAAGAAGAUAGACCAAAGAAGAAGGUUAAAUUCGCUACUACUGAAGAAGAAUUAGUGGAACAAGUACCAAGUGAAAAUACCAACAUUAUCAGCAGUGAAAUCUCAAAUGUUGAACAACAAUUGGAUCAUGAUGUUGAAAUGAAAGAAUUGGAAAAUAUCAAAUCAUCAACAGAAAAAACAAUGGAAACAAAAUCAACAAGUAAUGAAACAAAUCAACCACAAACAGAACCACCAAAGAAAAUCAAGAAGGAAUCAUCUGAUGAAAAGCCUUGUUUAAAUGUUGUUGUUUGGAAUUUACCAUUCAGUAUGAAAGAACAAGAUAUACGUGAGCUAUUCCAACAACAUUCAAUUCAAGCAAAGAGAAUAACUCUCAUCACUCGUGAGAAUGGAUCCUCUAAGGGAAUGGCAUUUGUUGAAUUGGAAAGUCAUGAAAUUAUUCAACAAGCCAUUGAAAAACUUAAUAAUUAUGGAAUUGAUAAAGAAGGAAAUUUACUUAAAGUAGCUCAAGCAGAAACAGCCAAAAUGAAAAAAUUAUUGAAAAAGCAAAAAGAUAUUACUAAUAAGAAGUUUGUACACAAUUCAACUCCUAAAUUACAUAUUAAGGAAUCAGAUACAAGACAAAAGAAGCCAAACAUGUUUAAACCAAGAUCAGUUCCAAAGAGAAAUGAAACAAUUUCAUCAUCAUCAUCAUCAAGUGGUAAUAAUAAUCAACAAACAGCAAGUGGCAGUGGCAGUGAUUCAGUAGUUACUAAUAACACUGAAAAUCAAUCACAACCAUCAGCUGCUGCAGUGGGUGGUUUGAGUAAUGAUGAUUUUAAAAAGUUUUUAAGAUAA